UUCCUCACUUCUCUACAACUUCCCAUUCCCCCUUCCACUACAAUAUUUCCCAUCCUAAAAAUCUCACUCUUAAAAAUCUCUUUCAACCAAACACACUCUUAUAAGAAAAAAUGUCGGAUUUUAAUGAAAAUAAGCCUCCAAAGCAAAUGAAUGGCAACACACAAUGUCAUGAUUUACAAACUCAGUCACCAUCUCUAUUAUGUUCUUCUUAUCCAAUCACUCUCAAGUUCGUGGAUAUAUGCUACAAAUUGAAGGUAGAAUCAAGUGAUGGUGGAAGUAAUAUAAAAACAUUGAUCUGUGGCGGCAGUAACUCAUCAACGGCCACGAUUGAAGACCGGACGAUCUUAAACGGAAUAACAGGAAUAACAUCACCAGGAGAGAUCCUAGCCAUUCUUGGACCAUCAGGAAGCGGGAAAUCAACGCUUCUAAACGCACUAUCAGGAAGACUCCGUGGACACGCACUCACUGGAUCAAUCCUAGCAAAUGACAAGAAACUGACAAAGCAAAUACAAAAACGAACCGGAUUUGUAACCCAAGACGACGUACUUUACCCUCACUUAACCGUCCGAGAAACACUCCUCUACUGCGCACUCCUCCGCUUACCCAACACCCUCACAAAAGACGACAAGAUGAACGUGGUUGAUUCUGUGAUGGGGGAGCUAGGGUUGCAUAAGUGUGCGGACACCAUAAUAGGGAACACAUUCAUACGUGGUGUUUCAGGAGGAGAGAGAAAAAGAGUAUGUAUAGGACAUGAGAUGUUAGUGAACCCGAGUUUAUUAAUUUUGGAUGAACCCACUUCCGGUUUGGACUCCACCGCGGCUCACCGCUUGGUUUUAACGUUACAAGGGUUGGCUAGGAAAGGAGGAAAGACAAUUAUUACUUCGGUUCACCAACCUUCCAGCCGGGUUUAUCAAAUCUUUGACUCGGUUCUUGUGUUAUGUGAAGGAAGAUCUAUCUAUUUUGGGAAAGGAAAUGAAGCUAUGUCGUAUUUUCAAUCGGUUCGGGUCGAGCCGUCUUUUCCUAUGAACCCUGCGGAUUUUCUCCUUGAUCUCGCUAAUGGAAUAUCUCACCAGGCAGAUGGAGUAAACGAAAGAGAUAGGUCGAAUACAAAGCAAGCUCUAAUAUCAGCUUACAACACUGUAUUAGCUCCUACAGUUAAUGCUGCCUGCAUAACCUUAGAUAACAAGAAGUCUUGGAUGAAAACCACAGUUGUUGGUAGAACAAUAAACCCGAGGCAAUACAUAAAAAACUCCAUUUUAACAUGGUUGAGUCAAUUCAGUAUCCUCCUCCAAAGAAGCCUGAAAGAGAGAAGGCACGAGUCAUUCAACUCCCUAAGAGUUUCCCAAGUUAUUGCUGCUGCACUUCUAGCUGGGAUUAUGUGGUGGCAUUCAGAUUUCCGAGAUAUACAAGAUAGACUAGGUUUGAUCUACUUCAUCUCCAUCUUUUGGGGAGUAUUUCCUUCUUUUAAUGCUGUCUUUGCCUUCCCACAAGACCGCUCUAUCUUUGCAAAGGAACGCGCCUCUGGAAUGUACUCGUUGUCUUCUUACUUCAUGGCUCGAAUCAUAGGUGAUUUACCCAUGGAGCUAAUUCUACCAUCCAUUUUCCUGACCUUGGUGUACUGGAUGACGGGGCUAAGGCCUGAUAUUUGGACUUUCCUACAAACCUUGGGAGUUAUAAUAGGGUAUGUGCUCGUAUCUCAAGGCCUUGGUCUUGCUCUAGGUGCAAUUAUAAUGGAUGCUAAACGAGCUUCUACUAUAGUUACUAUUAUAAUGUUGGGUUGUGUUUUGACUGGAGGUUUCUAUGUGCAUAAGUUACCAAGAUGUUUGGGAUGGAUUAAGUAUGCAUCACUCACAUUUUACUGCUACCGUCUACUCAUUGACGUGCAAUAUGGUGGUGGAGAAAGAGUUUCGUCGUUGUUCGGUUGCUCGACUAGCCAUCCUAUUAAUGAGGCUACUUGUAAGUUCAUCGAGGAAGAUAUUGUAGGGCAGAUCACUCCUCUAGCAAGUGUAGGAGUGAUGUUGAUUAUGUUUGUGGGGUUCAGGUUGUUGGCUUACAUUGCAUUAAGGCGAAUGAAGGUCUAAUUUUUAUGUAAUACUCCAUUUGUCCGGAAUUCUUCAUUGUCACGUUGGUUGACAAGGGUGUUGUGACAACUAAAUCCGGACAUAUCAAUCCAGAUCCAACGAGUUAGGUAUGUCAAAGGGAAAUAGAAUAUUAUGUAUGCUUGGAUAGUUGGAUCGAUCUUUCUUCUACACGAUGAUGAUAAAAUUGUGGAACAACCUUGUGGGAAGCUGCAUGGUGUACUAGGAACGAAUUGAAGCUAACCGUGUCCAGUUUUCCCCAUUUAUUUUGAAGUGCUAUUUGUAAAGAUUUUUAGUCAAGAGCUAUAACUGAACCCUCCAUCAUACUUGGAGUUGUAAUUUUUUUUUUUGCCCCGCUUUGUUAAAUGUAUAUAAAUAUAUAUCGUAUUUUAUAUUCACUUAAAAUAAUAAAGAUGAUUACGUGGCGUUGCCAAUUUGCGA